AUGAGCUCCACCCCUGGGCUGCCCACUCCCGGGGCCUCGCUGGUCCUGCGGGUGUCCUUCGUGGACGUGCAUCCCGAGGUGAUCCCGGUGCAGCUAUGGGGACUGGUGGGCCAGCGACGGGAAGAGUAUGUGCGGCUGAGCAGGGAGAUCCAGGAGGCUGCAGCCACGCGUGGCCUGUGGGCGCUGGGCGGCGCCUCCGCCUUGCCUGGAGAGCUGUGCCUGGUGCAGGUGGGGCUUCUGUGGCACCGCUGCCGCGUGAUCAGCCGGCAGGCGCAGGAGAGCCGAGUCUUCCUGCUGGAUGAGGGCCGCACCAUCACCGCAGGUGCAGGCUCCCUGGCGCCCGGCCGCAGUGAGUUCUUCCACCUGCCCUCGGAGGUGCUGGGCUGUGUGCUGGCCUACCUGGUACCCGCGGGCGGUGAGGGCGCGGGCGGUGGCGAACCCCACCACUGGUCGCCCAGUGCGGUGGACUUUCUUAGCAACCUGCAGGGCAAGGAGGUGCACGGACGGGUUCUGGACGUGCUUCUCCUCCAUCGUCUGGUCCUGCUGGAGGUGCCGGCUGUGUCUCAGCAGAUGGAGGAGCUCGGCCUCGCCAGGCAGGUACCUGACAGUCUCUUCUGUUCCCUACUCAAAUGCUACCAGACCGCAGCAGCUAGCCUGGGGUCCUCCGGAGUUCUCCCGCGAGUGUUGCCCAAACAAGAGCAUCCUGGUUUGGAUUACUUCUACCCCCAGUUGCAACUGGGCGUGACAGAGCCGGUGGUCGUAACCCAAGUAUGUCAUCCUCACCGAAUUCACUGCCAACUCCGGAGUCUCUCGCACGAGAUCCACAGCCUCUCAGAGAGCAUGGCCCAGGUAUACCGGCGGUCCCCAGGGACGGAGGAUGAGGACUCUUGCAGUACCACUUGGGAGGAGAGGGAGGAGAGCCCAGACAAGCCCGGCUCUCCCUGUGCUUCUUGUGGAUUGGAUGGACAGUGGUACCGGGCUCUCCUGCUUGAGACUUUUCGGCCACAGCGCUGUGCCCAGGUGCUUCACGUUGAUUAUGGAAGGAAAGAAUUAGUAAGUUGCAGUAGCCUCCGCUACUUGUUGCCUGACUAUUUCAGAAUGCCUGUGGUGACCUACCCCUGUGCUUUGUAUGGGCUCUGGGACUGUGGAAGAGGCUGGUCUCGGUCACAAGUAGGUGAUUUGAAGGCUCUGAUCCUAGGUCAGGCGGUGAAUGCGAAGAUUGAGUUUUAUUGUUCCUUUGAGCACAUGUAUUAUGUCACCCUGUAUGGAGAAGAUGGGAUUAAUCUCAACAGUGCGUUUGGAGGACAGUCGUGUUGCCUGGCUGACCAGUUCCUUCAGAGCCAAGGGGUAGAGGAGGAAGAUGAGGAGGAAAUAGAUGGGACAUUUCAGUCUUUGUCCCCUGCUGAGGAAGUGGAUGAGGAGGUUUCCCUUCCAGCUUUAAGUUCUAUCAGAUUAAAGAUGAAUGCUUUCUAUGAUGCCCAAGUGGAGUUUGUUAAGAGUCCUUCUGAGUUCUGGAUUAGGUUGAGGAAACACAAUGGCACCUUCAGCAAGUUGAUGAAGAGAAUGUGCAGUUUCUAUUCUUCAGCCAGCAAACUGGAUGGUGUCAUUUUGAAACCUGAGCCUGACGACCUUUGCUGUGUCAAAUGGAAAGAAAAUGGUUAUUACCGGGCCAUGGUGACCCGAUUAGACAGCAAGAGUGUGGAUGUUUUCUUGGUGGAUCAGGGCAAUUCUGAAAAUGUCGACUGGUGUGAUGUGAGAAUGUUGCUUCCGCAGUUUAGGCAGUUACCAAUACUGGCUCUGAAGUGUACCUUGGCCGAUAUUUGGCCUUUGGGAAAAACUUGGAGCCGGGAGGCGAUUUCUUUUUUUAAAAAGACAGUACUCCAUAAAGAGUUAGUGAUUCAUAUUCUUGAUAAGAAGGAUCACCAAUAUGUUAUAGAGAUUGUUGAUGAAUCUAGAACAGGAGAAGAAAACAUUAGUAAGGUCAUUGCACAAGCUGGCUAUGCCAAGUAUCAGGAAUUUGAAAUAAAAGAAAAUACUAUACUAAAUCCUCACUGCCCGGGCCAUAUCAUAAGUCAUUUUGUUUUGGAGACUAGCAAGGCAUCUUCUGCCAAGAAGGUAGAGGGGGAACAGAAAGUCAAGAAAGAUAGUAAGACCCUAGCUGUUUCCAAAGUUUUGACUGACACAAUCAGCCUUACGAAUGCUACAGCAGGACAAACGAUGCAGGACAAAGAGAAAAUAGCAUCUGAUUUUUCUCUCCUCACACUGAAUUUCUUGAAAAUGAAGCCAGAUGAUUCUUGUAAAGCAGAGCUGGAGGUGGGCAGUACCGUCGAAGUCAGAGUGUCUCAUGUUGAAACCCCUGGUUCUUUCUGGUGCCAACUGAUGAGGAACGUGCUAGGGUUCACAACUCUGAUGCGUAAUAUCGAUGACUACUGCAAAAACACGCCAGCUCCUUACGAAGGGAGCUCUCGCGCUUGUCUGGCAAAGCGAACAGCAAAUGGAAGAUGGUCCAGAGCUCUGAUUAAUGGAGUACAAUCCUUUGAGCAUGUCAAAGUAGUAUUUGUCGAUUAUGGAGACAAGGAUGUGGUAUCCAUGAAACACAUAUACUCAAUUAGUGAAGAGUUUCUCAAGGUGAGAGCGCAGGCUUUUAGAUGCAGUCUUUAUAACUUAAUUCAGCCAGCUGGUGAAAACCCCUUUGUUUGGGAUGAAAAGGCCAUACAAGCCUUUAGUGGAUUUGUAGAUAACGCUUGGCACAAUAACCUAGAAUUAAAAUGCACGAUAUUUGCUUUGGCAUCAGGACAUGAUGAAGAGCUAUUUAAUGUUGUGGAUUUGUUAACACCCUUUCAGAGUGCCUGCCGUUUCUUGGUAGAAAAGAGACUGGCAAGACCAGUAAAACUUCAGAAGCCUCUGGAACCUUCCGUUCAGCUACAUUCCUACUACUAUUCUACACAUGACAUAAAAGUUGGCAGCAAAGAGUUGGUGUAUAUCACGCACGUUGAUGACCCUUGGACCUUUUAUUGCCAGCUGGCAAGAAAUACAAAUAUUUUAGAACAGUUAUCAUAUAACAUUAUACAACUAAGUAAAGUCUUGCUGAAUUUAAAAAUGUCUUCCCUGAUCCCCAGAACCUUGUGUCUUGCCAAGUACACGGAUGGAAAUUGGUAUAGGGGGAUAAUAAAACAAAAAGAACCAAAUAAAGUCUUCUUUGUGGAUUUUGGGAACACUUACGUAGCAAGUGACGCCCUGCUUCCGAUACCUCAAGAUGCCUAUGAUGUUCUCCUGUUACCCAUGCAAGCUGUUAAAUGUUCCUUAUCUGAUAUCCAUGGUCGUAUUCCAGAUGAAGUCACAGCAUGGUUUCAGGAAACUGUUUUAGAUAAAUCAUUGAAAGCUUUAGUUGUAGCAAAAGACCCAGAUGGAAGACUGAUUAUAGAACUCUAUGACGACAGCAUUCAAAUUAAUGCCAGCAUUAAUGAGAAGUUAGGACUCCUUGGUUAUAAAAACAGAGCAAUAAGAAAAGACAAAGAAAAUGAAAUCCUCCUCCAAACAAAGGAAACUCUUGAAGACAAAAAUGAAACUGUGAUGUUGUCACCUACAGAGUAUUUAAGUCAACCAGGAGAGAACAAAUCACACAGUGUAGAGAUGUUGGGAGAAUCAUGUAAACCCAAGCUCAGCCCGGUCUGUAAGGAGCUCAGAUAUUUACAGUGUUCAACAAAGGCGAACCUAAUCAUGCCCUAUCAGGACUCCCCAGGAAACAAAAGUGAUGGAGUAUAUCCAUUAACAAGAGAAAAGAAAGAAGAAAUGUUUGCUGAGCCACCUUUGAGUGCCACAAAACUAGAAGUCACUCUCCCAGAGAGACGAAUAGGGGACUCUAGUAACAAAGAUCUGCCUCUGAAGUUUUGUGAGUUCCCACAGAAGACCGUAGCACCUGGUUUUAAGACAACUGUAUACAUUUCUCAUAUUAACAACCUUUCAGAUUUUUACAUUCAGUUGAUAGAAGAUGAAGCUGAGAUCAAUCGUCUUUCAAAGAGAUUAAAUGAUGUUAGAACAAGGCCCCAGUAUCACACAGGUCUGCCUUGGCAAAGCGGAGACGUGAUAUGUGCCAUUUUUCCAGAAGACAAUUUGUGGUACCGCGCAGUGGUCAUGGAACAGCAACCCAACAACCUUCUUUCUGUACAGUUUAUAGACUAUGGCAACGUGUCUGUAGUUCACACAAACAAAACAGGUAGGCUUGGCUCAGUUGACGCCUUGUUACCAGCGCUGUGUCUCCAUUGCUCCUUAAGGGGAUUUUUGUCUUCCGACAGCAUAAGUUGUAAGGAAAUGGUUGGCUACUUUUCCCAAAGGACUGAGGAGGCUCAAAUAAGUUGUGAAUUUGUGAAAUUCCAAGGCAUCUGGGAAGUGAUUCUUGCUGAUGAACAUGGGAUCAUAGGGGAAGAUGUGAUUAGCAGGUAUGCUUUGGGUGAAAAAUCUAAAAUGGGACUUACUACCCAAAUAAUGAAAGGUGACUGUUCAAAGUCAACCAACAAAUCCAGUAUUGACACUUUAGUAUUUCUUAACUGGUAUAAUCCUAAAACAAAGUUGAUAAGAGUGUAUGCUACCGUGAUAGACGGACCUGAGUAUUUUUGGUGUCAGUUUGCUGAUUCUGAGAAACUGCAGUAUUUAGAAAGGGAAGUUCAAACUGCUGCAAAGCAGGUCAUGGAGCAGAGAAACUAUAUCCAGUGCCCCCGUGUUGGAGAUCCAUGUAUCGUGAGAUACAGAGAGGAUGGUCAUUAUUAUAGAGCCCUCAUCACUAAUAUUUCUGAAGAUCACCUUGCCUCCGUCAGGCUUAUGGACUUUGGGAACUUUGAAGUCUGUGUGGAGCCCAAAUUGCUCUGGAACAUUCCUUCUGAACUUCUGUUGGUUCCCAUGCAAGCAUUUCCAUGUUGCCUCUCUGGAUUUAAUAUCUCAGGAGGUGUAUGCUCUCAAGAGGGAAAUGAUUAUUUUUAUGAAAUAGUCACAGAAGAUGUGUUGGAAAUAACAAUAGUAGAAAUCAAAAGUGAUGUCUGUGGCAUCCCCUUAGCAGUAGUCGAGUUGAAAAGCAAAGGUGAGAAUAUUAAUGAGAAAAUGAAGAAAUAUUCUAAAAUUGGUAUUCCUAAGAGUGACCCAUAUUGUGAGAAACAUGGCACCGAGAGAAAGGGGGUCCUUAGAUGCCCCAGCCCUGACCUUGUUCUCAAGAAACCAAGUCAUAAAGUUGUACAAGAUAAAACCUUAUAUACGGAACCACGGACAGAUAAGCUCUCUGAAAGAAUUGAAAAAGACUCAAACAUCAUUGAAACCAAGUCGAGUAAAUUCUAUGAACAUAGUACCCUUAACAUUUUUGAAGCUUUUGAAAACCCCUGCAAAGGUAAAAUGGGUUCUGAGAGACUAGAGGGUAAUGUGGAUUUCCAUUUUGUGGACAAAGCCAAGUUUGAUGAUAAUUACCUAAUGACAGGCUUUAACCCAAUAAAGCCACAUUCUAGUGAGACAGAGGAGUUACUAGAACUGAACUCGCUGGAGGUGCCCCUCUCUCCUGAUAAUGAAUGCAAAGAAUUCUUAGAACUAGAAUCCAUUGAGUUACAGCACUCCCCCAUCGGGAACGAAGAGAGAGAGGCACUAGGCCUAGGGUCACCAACGGCACCGCUGUCCCCAGUCAGUGAGGCAGGAGCUGCCCUGGAAUCCUUUUCGGUACAGCUUCCCCUCGACUGUGAGGCCGAGAAGCAGCUAGACCUGGAACUACCCACACCCCAGCUGUCUUUAGAGGACAGUGUAAGUCCUUUGCCAGUCACUGUUGAUUGGGCUCUCCAGGAAUCCAGGUGUGCAGAAGAUGAGAGAGAGUCAAGUGGUGUGGGCUCUUCUGAGGACGGCCACUGGAUGCCACCACUCCUCCAUCAUGAGAAGAGCUGUGGUUCCCCCAAACAGGCUGAAAUGAAUAUCUUUGAAGAGGAAUAUGAAAAUAGAGACACCAUGGCUUUGUUGACACCUUUGUUCUCUGAGGACGAUUCCAGGGAUGGAAGGAUGUGUGGCAAGGCUGUAACAGUUCAACCACAGAACACAUACACUCUAAAAGGCUUCUCCGUUGGAUCCAUGUGUGUCGUGUGGUCAAGUCUCAGAAACACGUGGUCUAAGUGUGAGAUUUUGGAAGUAGCUGAAGAAGGCACAAAGGUUUUGAACCUUUCAAAUGGUAUGGAGGAGACAGUGAGCCCCGAGAAUGUCUGGAAUGCUAUCCCUAAGGUAGAUAAGAAUCCCUCUGAGGGUGCAUUACAAAGAGUGGGAAAGGAUCAUUCCUGUGUCUCAUCAGAUGAUACCGUGAUUAAAGAUUCUCUUGCCACAGAGAGGGAGUCUGGAGGCGAUGCAGAUUUAAUUCCAGAGCCGUAGACACAGACAAUGAGAAGCUGCUCUUAAAUUGCAUGGUACCCAGACCAGGAUACUGGAGGAAGCUGAAAAGUUGUCCUUUAGAAAAAAAUUGAUCCGUGAUGGAAACAAUAAGUCUCAGUUGUCUAGGCGGCAUACAUGUUACUGUCUAGCUACAUCUGGGCUCUUCUGCAGCCUU